AUGGCGGGCGUAGUUGAUAAAGAUGGGAAAAAGGAGAAUCCAAUGGUGGAAUUGUGCGAGGAGCCGAGCAUCGACACCAACAAAUUGAGCUACGAGAUUUUCUCCAUCUUGGAGAGCAAGUUCCUAUUCGGCUACGAUGAUCGCAAGCUUUGGGUCCCCAAGCAAAUCACCGCCUCCAACGGCGGCGUUCAGGAGGUGAAGAAUCAGAGGGGCAAAAUAUGCAUACUCAGCGUCGACGGCGGUGGGAUGCGGAGCAUCAUAUCGGGCAAAACGCUGUCGUAUCUGGAAACUGCCCUGAGGAACAAAUCUGGAGACCCCGACGCACGAAUCGCCGACUACUUCGACGUCGCCGCCGGUAGUGGAAUCGGCGGGGUGUUCACGGCGAUGCUCUUCGCAUCGGGCGACCGGAGCCGCCCGAUUUUCCACGCGGACGACACGUGGCGCUUCCUCGCGACGGAUGGCGAGAAAUUCUGCAGGGCCACGAGGAAGCGCGGGGGGUUCCUCAAGCGCGUCCUGAAGAAAACCGGCGGCAGCGAGGCCGGCCUGGAGAAGGUGAUGAGGGGGGCGUUCAAGGACAGGCGGACGGGGCGGAGCCUGACCCUGAAGGACACGCUGAAGCCCGUCCUCAUCCCCUGCUACGAUCUGUCCAGUACUGCGCCGUUUCUGUUCUCGCGGGCGGACGCGCUGGAGGCCGACAGCUACGAUUUCAACCUUUGGGAGGUGUGCCUGGCCACGUCGGCGGAGCCAGGCGUGUUUGGGCCGGUCUGCCUGAGGUCCGUGGACGGGUCGACCCAGUGCGUGGGGGUGGACGGCCGGAUAGCCAUGAGCAACCCGGCGGCGGCUGCCAUAACCCACGUGCUGCACAACAAGCAGGAAUUCCCGUUUGUGAGAGGGGUUGAGGACAUUUUGGUCCUUUCAGUUGGGACUGGGGGUGGGCAGCUGUUGGAGGGCAGCUUUGACUGCGAGCAGGUCAGGAGAUGGACGGCUAAGGACUGGGCUCGCCCCCUGGCUCGGAUAUCUGGGGACGGCUCGGCUGAGCUGGUUGACCACGCCGUGGCUAUGGCUUUCGGUCACAGCUGGAGCAGUAACUAUGUCCGGAUUCAGGCAAAUGGGUCCAGCUUCGGCCAAUGUGGGACCAACAUCGACUCUGACCCUUGCCUGAGCAACGUGAAAAUGCUAGUGGAGAUAGCAGACGAUAUGCUGAAACAAAAGAAUGUAGAGUCGGUCCUUUUUGGCGGCAGGAAAAUUGGAGAGCAAAGCAAUUUGGAAAAGCUCGACUGGUUUGCCGAGCAGCUUGUGGUGGAGCAUCAGAGGAGGAGUUGCCGCAUAGCUCCCACCGUUGCCUUCAAACAAGCUGCAGGACCAAAGCCAUCUUCUUAA